AUGGCAAAUCAAGCCCAACAUCAACGGUACAUAGACACAUCGUCGGCGUCAUCGUCACUGUCAGCUUCACCUAAUGGAGAGUUACCACUCCACCCAGAUCAUGGCACCUAUGGCUCUACUCCGAUCAUCCAGCCAGUCAUUUCCCGGACGCUAUCAAACAUCCCCACACCUGAAAACAACAGUUUAGAUCCUCCAAGGCGCAGACCAUCCCGACUAGAUUCCGCGAGCGGACGUUUAAAGGAGUAUCAUGCAGCAGCAGCCGCAGAUGAGAACACGGUACUUGCCGCCCGAGGCGACCCAAGGAACUAUGCAGCGACUAUAACGACAACCAAUCGUGAGAGUAUUCGAGAAGAUGUCAGGAAAACGUCAGACGGCUGGCUCGGGAGGUUCGGUGCGAUAGAACUGGAGAACAAGGGCAGUGUUGCGAGAGACCAUCUGGCUUUAGAGCGAACGUUUCUAGCGUGGCUGAGAACUUCCCUUGCAUUUGCUUCGAUCGGCAUAGCCAUAACCCAGCUUUUCCGUCUCAACGCCGCUGUCGUCACGGACCCGAAUCCAUCUGGCUACACACCGCUCCGUCACAUGGGCAAGCCCCUCGGCGCCACCUUUAUCGGCAUUUCAUUGCUUGUUCUGAUGAUUGGUGUUAACCGGUACUAUGAAUCGCAGACUUGGCUUAUGAGAGGGAAGUUUCCCGCCAGUCGGGGAAGCAUAUUUCUAUUGACUCUGGUGGCUUGUUUGCUUAUGAUUACGACGCUGGUGAUUGUGCUGGUUGUGCAGCCAAAUGACUAUGAAUUGUAG